AUGUGCACGUUUCUGAUUAGAGUAUCUCUUGUAUUUAAAAAAAAAAAAAAAGCAGUUCUGGCUAAUCCUUGGUGGGCAGGUCAUCAGGUAGGAUUGCCUGGGGUGGAUCAUCAUCCCCACCCAUCAGGCAAUCCACCUGGUAUAAACAACAAACGCCACCACACCGAACUCUCAAUCCACGAAACACGAAAAAUUGAAGAAGAUGAAGAUGAAGAAGAUGAAAGAGACAUCGACGACGAACCAAAAGAAGGCGCAGUCGAAAUCGGAAACCGAAGACCAAGAGGAAGACCACCCGGUUCAAAAAACAAACCAAAACCACCAAUCUUCGUAACAAGAGACAGUCCAAACUCAUUAAAAAGCCAUGUGAUGGAGGUAGCCGGAGGAGCGGACGUAGCCGAAAGCGUAGCCCAGUUUGCGAGACGGCGACAACGAGGCGUCUGCGUCUUAAGUGGAAGCGGCUCGGUUGCCAAUGUCACCCUAAGACAACCAGCAGUACCAGGUGCUGUUGUAGCACUUCAUGGAAGAUUUGAGAUUCUAUCAUUAACAGGUGCAUUUCUACCUGGUCCUGCUCCUCCAGGUGCUACAGGACUCACAGUUUACUUAUCUGGUGGACAAGGUCAAGUUGUUGGUGGAAGUGUUGUUGGAUCUUUGAUUGCUGCUGGUCCUGUUAUGGUUAUUGCUGCUACUUUUGCUAAUGCUACUUAUGAAAGAUUACCACUUGAGGAAGAAGAAGAAGAAGACGUCGGCGGUGGAGGUGGUGGUGGUGGAAUUAGUGCUGUCCAUGGAGGACAUGUUGGAGUUGGAGGUGGUAAUUCAUCUCCUUCACAUGGAAUUGGAAGCAGUGGAGGUGGUGGUGGGGUCCACAUGCAGGGUGGACUUCCAGAUCCAUCUUCUUUGCCUUUGUAUAAUUUGCCAACAAAUCUUGUUCACAAUGGUGGUCAGGUGGGAGGUGGACAUCAUGAAGCUUUUGCUAGUUGGCCUCAUGGAAGGCAACCUUAUUGAUUGAAUACUAUCUCUCUCUCUCUAUUUAUAAAAGAAAUUAGUUUCAACAAAAGUUAAUGUAUUUGAUUCAAAUUUUAGAUCAAAUACGUUUAUUUUUUGUUAACUAAACUUUCUCUUAUAUAUAAAACCAGAAGGAGUGGUAAUUAAUAAUAUUAUGGUAGAUGAACCAUGUCUGUGUGGAUUAAUUAUGGUUGUGAUGGUGUUUUCUUUUCUUGUUUGGAAGAUAGACAUGUUGAAGAAAUAGGUUUAGAGUAAUGAAAUAAAAAUAUUUAUAGUAGUACUUGUGAGGAGAAGAGGAAGCUAUAUGUUAUUGUAUAAUUUAUAUCUAUCAAUGUGUGUGUUGUUUUGGUAUAUGAUUAUUAAGUAAGAACUUUCUGUAUCUUUCUCUUUUGGUUGUGUUUGGAAUAAAAAAGAUGACGAUGGGGCUUUUGUUUUUUUAA